GAUGGCUGACGGUGGAUAGGCGGGUGGCUCGACCUCAUCUCUCCGGGCUCCAGUGGGAGAGGCGUGCCGCCCCCCUCCCACGCUCCACCUGUUCCCUCCAUCCCACCCGUAUGGACCACCGAGACUCGGGCGUGAUCCCGUCACCCCCGUCUUCCGUUGGGCAGCGGCUCACACAUGACGACGACAUGACAGUGGAAAACAUCCCGAACGGGUCGAACCCAAACCUGACGCACCUGGGCCGGUUCGAUCUGGGUUGCUGCGAGCGCGUAGUCAUCAACAUCUCGGGUUUGCGCUUCGAGACGCGGCUGCAAACUUUCAGCCAGUUCCCCGAGACGCUACUGGGCGACCCCCGCAAGAGGAUGCGCUACUUCGACCCUCUCCGGAACGAGUACUUCUUCGACCGGAACCGACCCAGCUUCGACGCUAUUCUCUACUAUUAUCAAUCCGGAGGGCGCAUCAGGAGACCCGUCAAUGUUCCAAUCGAUAUAUUCUCAGAGGAAAUUCGAUUUUAUCAACUCGGCGAGGACGCCAUGGAGAAAUUCCGCGAAGAUGAAGGUUUCAUUAAGGAAGAGGAGCGCGUCUUGCCUCAAAACGACUUUCAGAAACAAAUCUGGCUUCUAUUCGAACACCCGGAGAGUUCGGGUCCGGCGCGAGGGAUUGCCAUUGUGUCCGUGCUCGUCAUCCUAAUCUCCAUCGUAAUAUUCUGCAUGGAGACCCUUCCAGAGUUCUCCGACGAGCGGGACCGAAACACGACGCUCACCCGGAACAGUACGGACGGCGGGGGACCCCUAUCGAACGCCUUUAGCCCCUUCACUGACCCUUUUUUCGUCAUCGAGACGUUGUGCAUCAUCUGGUUCUCCUUUGAGCUCAUUGUGCGGUUCUUCUCGUGUCCUAGUAAAACCACGUUCUCCAGGAACAUCAUGAACGUCAUCGACGUGGUGGCCAUCAUCCCGUACUUUAUCACGCUGGGCACUGAGCUGGCUGAAACGGAGAGUAACAGGGGCCAGCAGGCCAGCAUGUCCCUCGCCAUCCUCCGGGUCAUCCGCCUGGUGAGGGUUUUUCGGAUCUUCAAGCUGUCUCGACAUUCCAAGGGGCUCCAAAUCCUCGGGCAGACCCUCAAAGCCAGCAUGAGAGAGUUGGGUUUGCUCAUUUUUUUCCUUUUCAUCGGAGUCAUCCUUUUCUCCAGCGCGGUCUACUUCGCCGAGGCGGACGACCCCACGUCCAGCUUCAGCAGCAUCCCGGAUGCCUUUUGGUGGGCUGUGGUCACCAUGACGACGGUGGGUUACGGGGACAUGCAUCCGGUGACCAUCGGGGGAAAAAUUGUGGGCUCCUUGUGCGCCAUCGCCGGCGUGCUAACCAUCGCUUUGCCGGUGCCAGUCAUAGUGUCCAACUUCAACUACUUCUACCACCGCGAGACGGACGCCGAUGAGCAGCCACCGUCAGGGGAACCCCCGGCCGAGAACUCGCCCAGCGCGGAGCUCCUGCGGCCGCGGGGGUCAUUCGACUCCUUCGCCGGAAAAGGAGACCCGCACGUCGACGUGGAGGAGCAAGACAAGCGGCCUCAAAUCAACAGUCAGAACUGCGUGAAUAUCACCAGGAUGUUCACAGAUGUCUAAAUGGGAACACGUAAUUUUUUAAUUAUAUUAUAGAUAUAUUUUUAAAUCUGUCGCUCAUAUCUGUGGACAGUGAAUGUCUGUUUUUUUUGUUUGUUUUUUUUUUUUUUUUUUUGUAAUUCAAUCAAGCAAUGACAAACUGUUUUUUCCCCACGUGGAAAGUAGAUUCGAGCUUUGGGGUGAAAUUUCAGGAUGGAGAAAAAAGUGCUUCUAUACAGCCAGGGGCAAUUCUAGCCUGAGUGACUCCCUGGGCAUGAUAACUCCUCAGUGCCCCCUCAUACAAACAAAUAAAUGAAUAAAUAAAAAAUACUAAAGACGAAUUAUAAAACGGUUAUUGGUACAACAGCGUUUCCAAUGAAGUGGAAAAAAUAUCACAAAUCCCUUUAUUUUGUAAAUCACAAAAUGAGGCUUUAGACAAUUUACGUUGAAAUAUUUUGAGAAUUUGUUUUAGUAGUGUAAAUAUAAAUAUGUUUAUACUGUAGAAUUAAUAGUGUUGCAUAUAUAUUUAUAAAUUUUAUAUUUAUACCAGUAUAUACAUAUGUUCAAUCGUGGCAGCCCCCAGGUCAAAUUGGAUUUGACGUCUACCACCAUGGCAGCCAAUGAGUGAAUACUUAAAAAUAAAUUAACACAUUUUAAGUUCUUCAUAGUCUUUACAUCAAACUCUUUUUGACCUGAUUCCAAUCCUGUGAAAAUGAUAUGAUCAGGCACGAUAUCAGAUCCGAUCACGUGGAUGGGGAUCUCUUAAAUGAGUACAUUUUCUAUUUAUCUUCAUACUGUACAUUUUAUACUUUUGUUAACUGCAGUUGUCCGAUAAUGACUUUUUACCCGAUAUCUCGAUAUUUUCCACUUUCAAAUAUCUGAUACCGAUAUAUGCGGUUGUAGACUUCACAUAUUAUGGCUAAUUGUAUUGUGAUGCCCCACUAGAUGCUUUAAUUAUGAUAAAUGUAACAACUUCAAGUUUUUUCCAAACAUAUAUUCUUUAAAAAAAAUAAGGGAAGCUGUGCUAUGAUGUGACCAGCCCUUCUACAAAAGCAAAGGUUUCUCCAUUCACUUUAAAGGCAAAUGCAUAUUGGCCCAAAACCAAUAAUGAAAAACCGAUGUCGAUAUUAUCCAAUAUCAUUUUUUAAAAUGCUCUUAUCGGCUGAUAUUAUUAAUAUCGGACAACUCUAUUUGUGACCCGUUCUACCGAUAAAUAGGUAAAAAUUAUUGCAUCAUUUAUCACUGGCUGCAACUGACAGCGACAGACGUCAAUUCAGUUAUAACUUGGAGAUCGACAUCCAAUCCAUUUUUACUCAGAAGAGAUGGCGGCGAUCAUAUGUUGCUUGACCCUUCCAGUUCAAAAUGGUUCAGACUCUCAUUUUGAUCAUUUAUGGAAAAUUGGCCCUAACACCCUGCAUCUUGGGGUAUUGCCUUUAUCAACUAAUAUCUGUAAUAUUGUUAAUGUAUUUCAAAAUUCAAUAAAAACCUCAGGGUAUUUUUUAUCAUGUUUUCUUGAUACUUAUGAUGAGUCUGCUUAAUAAGCAGAAUUCUAACAUAGCUUUAGGAUGCAAAAUUCAAAGUAAAGGUUUCUAAGGGGAGAGUUUAUUCAAGAUUCAGUUAGAAAAUAUCACCCUUUUAAAAAAGGUUUUAUAACCUUCCAAAAAUGUUUGAUUAAAAAUGCUCAAUGUCAGGUACAAUUAAAUAUGCCAAAGUAAACAUAAAACAUUCCCUGGCAUUUAGCCAAAAGCUGAAAAAUAACUACAAUUGCAUUUAUAGGAUACCCAUCACUGUUUGCUUUUCAGUCAAAAUUUAUAAUACUAAUAUGCGUUUUGAAUAGACAAAAAGUAAAUAUCAUGAAGAUUAGUUGAGAAAUGAGGACGUUAUGUCUUCAUUUCAAUGUCAAUACCUUGCCUUUAAUGGAAACGACUGCCACGUAGACACUUCGAUUAGCCUACUUGCUAUGGCAUGCUAGUGCAUCUGUUAUUUUUAUUGAAUGAUUUUUAUUUUUUUUAGGCGAGCAUACAUGUGGUCCAGCGAUGCCCGUGUUGCUUCUUUUGGACCAACUUGCUGUUCAUGAGCAAGAAAGCUGUGGGUCAGAAUCUGUUGCAAUGUGGAAGACUGAAGGCGUCACAAGGAAACACAACAAAACAAAAACACAUAAACAUUGAAGAGUACUUUUUUUUUAUGUAGGAAGUCAAACUAUCAAGGUAAUAACAGCACAUUUUAGGUCCAUCCUAAAAAUUUACCCCUAAAUAUUUAUGAGAGUUGUAUUUUUGAGGCUAUAUUUAAAGUAUUCUUCUUAAUCCUGAUUUCAAUUUUUAAGUAUUAAUUUAUUUUUGUAAAAAAAAAAAAGUAUAAA